AUGUCCUCUACUCAGCUUAGAUCCGCCGGCAGGCUUGCCCAGCUUGCUGGACAUGAUGCUUACAUCUUGACUAACACAAUCCAGUUCAAUGGCGCUUUCUUGUCAGUUUCAGCGCCCAAGCUCGGUGCCGUCGCCAUCAAGUCGGCCCUCGAAAAGUCCAAGGUCCCCGUCGAGAAGAUCACCGACGUCUACAUGGGCAACGUCCUUCAGGGCUCCGUUGGCCAAGCGCCUGCGCGACAGGCCGUCCUCUUCGCCGGUCUCCCCAAGGAAGUCGAGGCGACCACGAUCAACAAGGUGUGCGCAUCUGGUCUCAAGGCCGUCAGCCUGGCCGCCCAGAACAUCCAGCUGGGACUUGCCGAGGCUCAGAUUGCUGGCGGUAUGGAGAACAUGUCCCAGGUGCCCUACUAUGUGCCCCGCGCAAGUGGGCUCCCCGCUUUCGGCCAUGUGAAGAUGGAGGAUGGCCUUAUCAAGGACGGCCUGACUGAUGUAUACGACCAAUUCCACAUGGGCAACUGCGCCGAGAACACUGUCAAGAACCACAACAUCACCCGCGAGCAGCAGGACGAGUACGCCAUACAGUCGUACCGCAACGCGCAAAAGGCCUGGGCGGACAAGGCCUUUGCUGAUGAGAUUGCCCCCGUCACCGUCAAGACUCGAAAGGGCGAGAUUGUUGUCGACACCGACGAGGGUUUCAACGAUGUCAAGUUCGACAAGAUCCCCACGCUGAAACCCGCCUUCGUCCGCGAUGGAACCGGUACUGUGACUGCUGCGAACUCGUCGACUCUUAACGAUGGUGCCAGCGCUCUUGUUCUCGGUAACAAGGCUAUUGCUCAACAGUAUGGCUCAGGCUCUCGAGUACUGGCCAAGAUCUGUGGUUACGCUGAUGCCGCCACAUCGCCCAUCGACUUCCCCGUUGCCCCCGCCAAGGCUGUCCCCAUCGCUCUCGAGCGCGCAGGAAUCACCAAGGACCAGGUUGCCAUCUGGGAGUUCAACGAGGCGUUCGCCAGCGUGAUCCUGGCAAACUCCAAGAUCCUGGAUCUCAAGGGUGCCAAGGUGAACCCUCUGGGUGGUGCUAUUUCUCUGGGCCAUGCCCUCGGAAGCUCUGGUUCACGGAUCCUUACCACUCUUCUUCACCAGCUUAAGCCUGGUGAGUAUGGUGUCGCGGCCAUCUGCAACGGUGGUGGUGCUGCAACCGCCCUUGUGGUACAGCGGAUCGAGUCCGUGUAA